CGCUUGUUGCCGAGCGACAUUUUUAAUCAACAGCAACAUCGGAAGGCGGGCCGGGCGUAUUUGAAAGAAACGGCCAGCCGCUCAAAACUCAUGAACGUAAACAACAGAAAAAAAGUGUCGAGUUCCAAAGAAAUCUCUGGGUUCAACCCCUCUAUAUUUGCGCAACUUGCAACAGAGCGUGCGCAAUGCGCAAUGCAACCAAUGAAUCGAAAAAUCCGUCAGCUGUUCAGCAUGUCCAGAAAUUAUUUUUAAAAAUAACUAUACUCGUACAAUAUUACAAUAUAAAAGUGGCAAUUUAGGGCCCCGUGUGUCAAUUCAAAUCUUAUUGAAAUCUGUGCAAUUUGUGAACAACGACAGUUUGUGCCCCCGUUACCGGUCUUCAACUACAGAACUCACUGUUUGUCUGCGUGUGUGUGUGUGUGUGUGUGUAUCUGUGUGCUGUAAAUAUGAGCCGCCUGGCAUUCCUAGUGACGCUUUGAAAAAGAUUAUGAAAAAAAAAACAACGCAAAUAGCGCAUCCAAUCAAGAACUAUACGCGAAAAUCAAUAAAACACCUAACCGAACAAAGUUUAUUACGCAAAAGCUGCAGCCGAACAGAACGGAACACAAGCGAAAUGUCUACAACAGCAAUGAGCAUGCCCCAGCCUGCCGCGGCGGUCGGGGGGGGAGCUGCAGCUGCAGCUGCAGCGCUGCUGCAACAAGAACAAGCGCAAGGAUGUGACGUCGAAACCGAAGCCGAGGCCGAGGGCGAGGGCGACGAUUUGCUGGUCGUGUGCCUGGUGGGCGGCGUUGAUGAUAAUAGGAGCGCCGAGAACGGUGCCAUCGUUGGCACAGAUAGUGGGCGUGCCUCGGCCAACGAAUUCGAUGGCGUUGCCGAGGAGCCGGGAAGCAGCGCCCCACAGCAAUUAAAGGAAUUCACAGAAGCUAGUCUAAGGAGAAAUGGACGCGACGGCGACGACGAUGGCGUUGGCAAGGGCGAGGAUGUCUAUGCCAGCCGCGGAUCCCAUACAAAAUGGUACUUAAUGCCCGUGCAGCCCUCACCCACGUCCACCAGCAGAACCCUCCCCACUCCGACAGCUGACAGCCGUGAGGUGGACGAAGCUGCUUCGCCGGCACUGAGCGAAACCGCCAUCAUGCCGAAAACCGGAAAUCACGGAGUCAAAGUCGUAGGAACCAGGAGCAACAGGACCACCUUUGCCGGCGGACUGUCGCAGCAGAUGCGCGCCGUCUCCAGUCCCUCGCUCACAGAGCCCUAUUCAGAGUCGCGAAAGCCGCCGGAGGAGGGCAGGGCAGCGGCGGACGGGGCUGCCAAUGUGGCCACAAGCAGCAGCACCGGCAGCGGCAGCGGCAGCGGUGUGAGCGGUGUGGGCGGUGUGGGCCUAGGCGUCCUGCUUAAAUUUAAGCGCACGUUUAACAACUUCAACAACAAGAACCAACUGCACAUCACGCCCGUACCGGCAACGGCAACGACAGCAGCCGCCCCAAAGCCCAAGCUAUCGCCAACGACGCCGACCGUGUCGAUCACAACAGCGGCACCAGCGGCGGCGGGCGACGGCACUGGAGCGGACGGGGGCGAUGGCAGCUCCGGCAAGUACCGCUUCGGACCCCUCAUCUGGCGCACCUCGAAGGAGCGCCGCAAGACCAAGUUCAACCGACGCGACAAGUGCAACUCGGGCGACUCGGGCAUCCAGAUAGAGCUGGAGCAGGACGAGCAGUACUCCCGCGUGCUGGCGGUGAGUGCCCAGGGCGGGGGAGACGGAGGAGGAGAAGGAGGCGGCACGUCCGCUGGAACCGAAGGAGCUGGCAGCAAGCCGCGCACCAUACGGCGCACCAACUCGGCCAAGGCGAGCAGCAUCCUCGGCUCCUUCGCCCUGAGGUCCAAGCACCACAUGCACCUGGACAUCGGGGGCACUGAGAAUGUCGAGCGUGAGGCGCCCGAGUCACUGCCCACACGAUCGCUCAGCCAGCCCAACGGACUGGAAACCUACGGCAUGGGCCGCCCGGAGAUGGAGGACAGCGACAGCGACAGCGUGGCAUCCCACGAAGAAGCUGGCGGCUACCACUACCCGGCCAUCUACGCGGAGGUGCUGUACAAUUUCACGGCCGGAGGGCCGCAGGAGCUGGGCCUGGAGCGCGGCAUGCUGAUUGAAAUACUGCGCAAGGAAGUGGGACCCUGGUGGUUCGGCCGCAUCAAGAAGGAGGAGACCAGUCGCGUGGACGAGAUCCUCGACCCCGAGCUAGGCUGGUUCCCGAAGGAGUUCGUGCGCAUUAUUCAGUGCCCCGAGACGGAUGGCUUCUUCAACGCACACCGAGCGGCAGCCGCAACGGCCAGGGAGGACGGCGAUGCCGUGCCAGUGCCCGUGGCCGAAUUCGCCAAGGAGGCAGACGUCACCAUGACCACGGAUCAGAGCAACAUCACCACCAUAGUCAUUGAGUCCCCGCCAAUGCCCUCGAACGGGUAUCCCACCCUGAACGCGCUGGACAGCGACAACAACGUCCUGCGCCGAAGUGCUGUGCGCGAGCUGCUGGAGACGGAGGUCAACUACGUCAAGCUGCUGGCUGCCAUUUGUGACGGGUAUCUGCCGGCCAUGAGCAAGCGCAUCGACAUAUUCUCGCCGAACAGCAUCCGCCUGAUCUUCUCGAACAUAGCGGCCAUCUACAAGUUCCAGAAAAAGUUCCUCGAGGCGUUGCGCAGGGGAAUCGAGCAGAACCAAAUCGCGAAGGUGUUCCUGAAAAUGCACAAGGGAUUCCUGUGCUACUCCAACUACUGCAACGCCUAUCCCCGGGCCCUUAUCGAGCUGGAGUCCUACGAUCGUGUCAAGGAUGCACGCACCAUUCUGGAGAAUUGCCGCGAGUCGGAGAACCUGGCCGAGCUGCCACUCUCCGCCCACCUGCUGGCUCCCGUGCAACGCAUCUGCCGCUAUCCCCUGCACCUCAGCGAGAUUAUCAAGCCGGCGCGUGCUUCUGCUGCCAAGACGGGCAGCGAUGGCGAAAAAGCUGAGAAACCCUCGGCCCCUGACUACGAACAGCUCGACGUCAACGAGAUGGACAUACCCGACACGUACGAGACCGUAAACCUGGCGCUGGAGGCCAUGCGCGGCAUCACUGAGGCGGUCAAUGAGGGCAAACGCCACAGCGAGACCAUUGCGAGGCACCAGGCCAGCUUUCAGAACUUCAAGGGCCCGCCGCUGCAUCUGCACAGCGCACGCUUCUUCCUGCAGGUGGACGCCACACGCCAGAAGCAGAAUCUGUGGAACAGCAGCUACACCCUGUUCCUGUUCGACAACCAGCUGGUCUACUGCAAGCGCGACAUCAUCAAACGCAGCCACUUCAUUUACAAGGGGCGCAUAUUCCUCGACCGCUGUCGCGUGGUGAACGUGCGGGAUGGCAAGAUGUUCGGGCACACGAUCAAGAACUCGCUGCGGAUCUACUGCGAGUCGCGGGACAAGUGGUACGACUUCAGCUUCCGCUCGGCGAACCGCAAGCACCGCUUCCUCAACACCCUCGCCCUCGAGCGGCAGUUCGGCGGCAAGGCCCUCUACGUAUCGGAGAUGACUGGCUUCGAGUACAACUACGAGGAGCGGCCGGGCGACUUUUCCGAUCAGUCGGACUACGAGCUGCCCGACUUUGAGCACGCCAUGUGCGGCGGCACAUCGGCCAGUGGGGAGAGCUCCGUUCCGGAAUCGCCGGCCAAGUCAGCGUCCCGGUUCUCCGAUACUUUGCCGAAAAAAUCGCAGUCCCGCGAUGGCUUCGCCAGCGUGGACAACUCCCAGAUGCUGUCGACGACAUCGACGGGUUCGCUGGGACGACGCCGCAUUGGCAACUGGUUCCGCAAGCCAAAGAGCACCAACUGCACGCCCAGCCAGUCGCCGACGCACAAGCCGUGCUUUGACGCCGAUGAGACUCUGACAGCGGCCCGUGUGGCAGCCAUCGAGCUGGCCGAGGCCGCCGCCUCGCUCUUGCCAACCGAUAGUUCAUCCGCCUAAGCACACAGAGAAUAUCAGAAUACUGAAUACAGAACACAGAAUACAGAAUAUUAUACAUACAUCCAGGCCUGUGCGAAGAAGGCGCAUACUAUUUGUUAUGUUACAUUAUUGUUAAUGUUAAAUUGCCUCUACCAAUUGAAAAAAGUAAACAAAACUAACGAGUGUUACAGUAUAUUUUAGAAUUUUUUUUUCCAUUUUUUUUUUUUUUGUAAAUCUUUUGUCGUUUGAGGAUUUCUAGACGGCAAAUCGAUAAACGUGGUAAUAAGUUAUGUAUUUAGAUUUUUAGAUUUACCAAAAACAAAACAAAACAAAAAUAAUGUAUACUUGUGGCAUUUGAAGGCAGCUUUCGAUAAAAGUGCCAGAUGCUGGUGUCGCCGACUGCUAGUCUAAAAACCCUAUUACCUAUUACCUACUACCUGUCCGUAUAAUCCUAAUUUAUGUGAUAAGGCGAUAAUAAAUUCCUGCAAAUUACACCAUUA